AUUUGUGUACGUGUGCUCCACCAACUUGAAAAUUUUUGCUGGCCAUAUAGGGCUUGUUGCGUACUUGGUACCUAAUUCAUUUAGCAAGUAGCCAACACUAUAUAUAUGUGCGCAUUGUAUGUCUAGUUGUGUGUUGAAGGGAAAGAGAAAAAGAGUUCGAGAUAAGCACUAGUGAAGUGAAAGUGAGAAUGAAGGCUCAUCAUCAUCACCAUCCUGACCAGAUCCUCCUGCUUACUAUCGGCAUUCUUGGCAAUAUCACCUCCAUCAUGAUGUACCUUGCACCAAUGUGGACGUUUUGGAGGGUGUACAGAAGCAAAUCAACGGAAGGGUUUCACUCCGUCCCUUACGUAGCUGCCCAAUUCAGCGCCAUGCUCUGGAUCUACUACGCCGUGCUCAAGUCCAACGACCUUCUCCUCGUCGUCAACUCCGUCGGUUUCGCUGUCGAGACUUUCUACAUCGUGGCCUUCGUAGCUUAUGCUCCAAAGCAAGCCAAGGCAAGCCCACUUCGCUUAUUGUUGCUGGGAUUCGAUUCGCGAGGGGUUUCGAUCUCAAUUCAAAAAAUUUCAUCGUCAUUUGGGGACUCAAUGCAGAUUCUGACAGUGAAGCUGGUGUCUGUAACGAGCGUUGGAGGGUUCAUCGCCAUACUUGUCCUGACGCGAUUCUUCGCGAAAGGGGAGGUCCGGCUUCAGGUGGUGGGAUGGCUCUGUGCAGCUCUUUCCUGCUUCAUGUUCGCUUCUCCUCUCACCAUUAUGAGGCAGGUGAUGCAUACAAAAAGUGUGGAGUUCAUGCCUUUCACGCUCUCUUUUUUCCUCUUCCUCAGUGCCACACUCUGGCUAGCUUAUGGGCUGCUGCUGCAUGAUUACUAUAUCAUGAUUCCGAACGGAGUGGGAGUUGUGUUGGGGAUGGCUCAAAUGAUUCUGUACGGAUGCUACUGCAAGGAGAGGAAGAAGGGUAGUGUUCAAAACCAGAAUGGGAAUGCUGCUGCAAGUGGUGGGCUCAGUAGCUUAGAGGUGGAAAGCGGCUGCUAGUUAGUUUCGGCCCAUUCGAGUGGGUUGUUGUAUGCUUGCGCCCAUUGGGCUUUUAGUAUGACAUAGUAUGGAUAGCAAAGCAAAAGCCCCUUUGAUUCUUCAGUAUGGGCCCAAAGUAGUUGGUUUCUUUGGGUCUUGAUCAUCGGCUUAUAUGCUUUAGUAUGUGGGUUUGUUUCUCUUGCUUAAUUAUUAUGACUUAUGAACUCUUCUCUAAGCCUAUCAUUAUCGGUCCCAAUUUUCACGAUCCAAGCCAGGCCCGUAUACCCUCAACCAUCAAAUGAGUC